AUGGAGCCUCUCAGCGCCUCGGCGGCUCCUGCGAGAGCGACCUCCGCGCGCCGGGAGAGGCCCGUGCGCGCCUGCAGGCAGAGAGCACUGCCUUCGACAGGGGCGGGGGCCUACCGCCCCACAUGCCCGUCGCUUCUCCCGUGCACCGAGUGGAUUUUCCAUCACUACGCGCUGUCCAGACAGGAACCUGGGGACGGCCCGACGCGCAGCGAGGGCGCCGAACAAGCAGAGAGUGACUCAACUCAGUCACUGGCGCCCCUCAACGGCGAAGCGCAGGCCGCGAGGGACUGCGAGGGGAGAGACGCCCCUGAGCCAGAAGGCAGUGCACGCAGCACGGCAUCCAGGCCCUCGCCGCUGAGCUGGCCCGAUGGAGGCGCCGCGCAUUUGCCUUUCCCGGCGUCUUCAUCGCACUCUGCGUCGGCCGCCCUGCUGGGCGGGGUUGCGCAGACGGCAGAGGGCCUUUCGGAGCCGCCAAGGGCCCUCUCGGCGCCUGCCGCCUCCGGCGGCUCUCCAGCGUCGGGAUCCGACCUCAUCUCUUCAUCACUCGAGGCAGGUUCCUAUCCGUCGCCGCCGCGAGUCCUGCUGCCGGCGCGCGCGGCUCAAGGGUCAGGCGGGUGGCCCUCGACGCUGUUGGAUGCGCCGGAGCACGCGAAAGCUUGGUCUCGGUUUUACCUGCACCACGCAGAUAGCCGCGCGCCGUUCAAUUCCUUCACGUCGCGCGACGCCGUAGGCCUGCUGUUCCGCCUUCUGCCGUCGCUCUCGCUGUCCCCAGACGAGGUGCUCGUGGAGCUCGGGCACGGCGCCUGUCCCCUGAUGCCAUUCAUUUGGAGCAGAUUGAAGAGGAACGACGAAAAAAAGCAAAGGCGAUGCGGGGCUGUGCGCGGGAAGGGUGCAUUCGAGGGCGAAGACGGGGACGGAGACGAGGAGGGGACUGACGCAUGCGAAGCGAACGGGCUUCACACGCCGCCGCUGCGAGCGCAGAAGAGGCGGAAGGCAGACACCGAGCGCGAGACGCCGUGCGUCUUGUCUCAGGGGCCGGAGCAGGAAGCGAAGGACGAGGACGACGACAAGUCAGACGACGCGGAGAGCAGAAGCCGGUCGGCGGCGAAAGUAAGGCGUGAUGCCAGCGGAGUCGAGCCUGAGAGUGGAGAGGCCGCUUCGCCGUUCGCCUGGGGCCGCUACGUCGGCAUUGAAAGCUGUCGAGAAGCCGCGGAAGCCGCGCUCUUGCAGGGGCGGAACCUUGACGACCUGUUCCUCGAGAGCGCUCCUUCCUCUCGUGCUUCCUCGCCUCGCGUGGAUGAGCGAAGCAGCGAUCCACUGCCCGAUUCUCUAGCCCCUCCAGCCGCGGACACACACGACGCGGCUGACGGCGGGGCUUCAGCGGGCCGAGGCAGCGCAGGCUCCACGGUCGCCUCGCCCGCCUUUGCCUCCUCUUCUGGCUCGUCUUCUCUGGCGGCAUUCUCUUCGUCGCCCUGCCCGUUCGACUGCGUGUCUGCCCCUGUGCGCUCCGCAGCGGCGACCGGCCCUCGGCGAGCGCAGCGCGGGAGGGGCAGACAGGGUGAGAGGAAGGGUCGGCUCGGGACAGCGGAGGCGAAGGUGGCAGCCAACGCGGAGAAUGGAUCUGAGGAGGGAGCGGCGGGCGGAGAGGAGCGGCCGCACGAAGAGCCGAGAGGUGCCGACUGCGACACCCACGAAGGGGACAAGAGCCUGGCUGCAGAGGCGUCUCCCGCCCGCAAUAAGAAGGUGGACGCGGCCACAAGCGGCGGGCGAAUUCUGCGUGAGAUGCUUCGCUCCGGAUGCCUCGAGUUCGCCCUGUGCACAGACGGCUUUCGCUACGUCGGCGCUGACGGACAGCUGCAGCUGGAGAAGAUCUUCUUCGAGGACUUGUUCCUGAGCGAGCCGCGAACCCGGGGCAGAGACAGGCCUCGGGGUGGUGCGCCGCGAGGCAGGGGCGGACGCAGAGGCCGGGGCCGGCACGGAGCCACGCCGUUAGGGUUCUCCGUAGAGAAGCCCGGGGAGGGCGGAAGCGAUGAUGGAGACGAAGAGCAGAACGACAGCGAGCGAGUCUGCAGCGCGCAGAAGGGACAGGAGGCUGCGCCAGCGGGUUGUCUGGCGGCCGAGGCGGAGCGAGUCCAGUCAGACAAGGCGAGAGACAGCCAGCUGCCCAGUCAAGAGGCGCUACCGGAUGAAGGGCCCUUGGAGGCACAUGCCGACGACCGAGCCCAGCCAAUGGACAUCGACGGCGCCCCGCGGGGCCAUGCAGAAACGCUUACCCCAGGCGAUACCGCUUGCUGUCCAGCCUCUUCGGAACUCAGCACAGGUUGUUGCGACCACCGGCAGUUGCCAUCCCCCGUUUCCUCCGCAUAUCCAGGCUCAUCAGGCGCUGCUUGCCCCGCCUCGGCCUCCUGUGGGCCUCCUCCGCUGUGCACUGCUUCGCCAUCGCCGUCUCCCCCGUCGCUCGCCCUUUCAUCAACGUGUAGCGGCCCCAGACCUUCCUCUGUCGAAGGCGUGUGCCCAGUCGCAAAGGGGGCAGAUACGGCUGUGACAGGUGCGUGCGCCAGUGGCGCUGGAGGCUCUGCUGUGCACUCCCCUCCCUGCUUGUCGUCGACUUCUUCUGCCCUCUCGCCGUCUGAAGGGGGCACGCCGCCGCCCUCAGCGUCGCCCUGCACGAAAGAAUCGCCAGUGAAAUUGCCUGCGACUGUGCCCUCGCCUGGCGGGUCUCCCUCGCGUGAGUCUCCUUGCCCCGCCGCAUUGCCGCCGUCGUCUCCAGCUGAGGAUCCUCCCUCUGUCUUGUCUCUAGGUUGCCCCUCGGGUCCUUCUCCUUCAUCGCGGCCGUGCCCUGGCUCUGUCGGCGCGUCAGCGCCUGCCGCUUCGCAGGCUUCCGGUGCGUCUUCGCUGCUGUCCGCGGCCCCCUCCGGCUCCGCCUUGACAUUCUUAAAGCCAGGCGGUGUAAAAUAUGUUGUUUUGAAAAGCACGCUGGACAGCAUCUGUGUCAUGCUGCCUUGCACCGGGACGCUGAACUGGGAAGAAGACCUCCGCAUUCCCCGACAGCUCGUCAUCUGGUUCGACUCCUUUGCUCGCCUUCUCCAGGACCCUCCCUCGUCUUCCUCCUCGUCCUCUUGCGCUGCUUCCUCCCCUCGGUCCCUCAGCCAGGCGGCCGCCUCCUCGGCUGCAUCGCCGCUCUCUUCGGCUGUCGCAGGCGUUCCUUCGUCAGUGGUGAAGACUGAAGCACUGCCGGCGGAUACCAGCGAACUGCAAAGCACAGUCGGGGGCCGGGGACAAGCAGGACAAGAGGCGGAUGCUGGCGCAAACCUGGAGGCGGAGGAGGCGGGGAAGAGCAUGCCGCCGUAUCUGUCGCCACUCGCGCCGAAGCGUGAAGCAGAGAGAGAAAAGCGCCGCGAAGCAGGGGCCGAUGCUCGGGAGGCCGCGCAGAGCGGAGGGGUGUUGGCAAGCGGCGAUGUCGAGGCCGUUAUGGAGGCGGGGCGGCUCGCCGGAAACGGCUUUGCGCUGGGCGAGUCUGAGGAGAUAGAGGCAAGCAUGGAAAGCGAAUCCGUGCGCGAAGGGGACACAGCGGAAAACGGGUGCCGAAAGAACGACCGUGUUCAGCCGGUGCCUGAAGUGUCGGCGGGGAACAGGAAGAAGGUUUCUCGCGAGGCGGCAGGCGCGCCUUCUGGCCCGUUCGUCGUCUUCCUCGAACCCAAGAACAAAGCUCGCAUUCACUUGCUGACGAUUUUCAAGGUCAUCUACGCGGCGACGUUCAGCUCGACGCCCUCGCCGGCGCGUUUUCUGCGCCUCUGCCGCAUUUGCUCGCCAAAGAGCCGCGGGCAGGACAAGGCCGUGGGCUACCUGCUGGAGAAGCGCGCAUCGUGCUUCGCGUCCUACAGCGAGCUCUACGAGGACGUCCAGGAGGUCUCGCGGCAAUUCCAAAAGAGCGACCCCUGUGGCGACCUGGACGACUUGCUGCCGCCCUUCGAGCCCGUCAAGUGGGCUAGCGACGAGCCCAGCGACAUCGAGGUGCUGGUCGACUACGUCUGGAGCGAGCAGACCGCGCAGGCGCUGCGCAGGAAGAGCCGAGGAGGCGCUCGCGGCCCGCGGGCCCCGCGGGCCUCGGGGCGACGUGCGGCGGCGGGCAGAAAGGAGUCCGCGGCCAGCGGCGAAGUCCAGCCGCACGCGCCGCCGGAGGCGCGGAGACCGCGCGGGGGGCAGGGCCGCGGCGGGCGGCGCGGGCGAGGCGCCAGUGCGCCGCUCGCGGGGGCGCCGACCAAGCGGAGAGCUGAAGGGGAACAGUCGCCGGCGGAGACAGAGAUGCAGAUGGCUGACAAGCCGAGCAACUCAGACGACGGCGGCACAGCGCCCGCGACCGCGGAACGCACGGAAGAGAGGGGAGAAGAAGCAGGCCGUGGUGGCGGGCGAGAGGCUGGAAGCAGUCUGACGCAACGCGCCGUAGCGGAAGGUGAGAAAGAGUGCUUCCAUGCCGGUGACGCAGGAACCGACGCUCCCGAGCUACCGCCGGAGAGGGAAGAAGAGACUGAGGACGAGCGCCGCGCCAGCGCAACACCCAGCGACGCCCAAGCAGAGAGAGAGGCGAUCGCCGGCCACGACGGGCUUGGACUCGUGACGCUGAACUGA